UCAACCUGCAGGAGAUCUCUACAAUGUGAUGAAACAAUAGAAUGACAUAACAGCUCUUCUGGUUCAAAUGCAAUCAAGCCAGUUACUGCCACACCGAGAAAUUCCCAUCUAUGAUGGAGAUCCUUUGCAGUUCAACUCAUUUAUGAAAGCCUUUGAACAUUGUGUGGAAGCAAAGACCAGUUCUAAAGGAGACUGUUUGUACUACCUUGAACAGUACACCAGGGGGCAACCAAGAGACCUCAUACGCAGCUGCCUUCACAUGACUGCAGAAAGAGGAUAUGCUGUGGCCAAGCAACUCCUCAAAGAACAUUUUGGCAAUGAAUUUAAUAUCACUGCAGCCUACAUGGAAAAGGUCACUGGUUGGCCCAACAUUAAAGGUGAAGAUGCUAAAGCAUUAAAGGCGUUUGGACUGUUCCUUCGUGAAUGCUGCAAUGCAAUGGAGGAACUGCAGUAUUUGGAUGAGUUAAGCAUGCCAGCUAACAUGAAAAUCUUGGUUCAAAAGUUUCCCUUUAAACUAAGAGAAAAAUGGAGAACAAAAGCAAAUGAAAUUUUUGAGAGAACGAGUCAAAGAGCAUGUUUCAGAGAUAUUGUUGCUUUUAUUGAACACCAGAUUAGAAUAAUCUCAGAUCCGGUUUUUGGAGACAUACAGGACUUA